AUGAGUCAAAAUCGAAAUCUCCACGCUCAAAUCCACCACCGCGUCGACCCGAGCAAAGGUUUCCUUAACGAGUUUUCGCCUUGGAUUUACCGUUUACGCAUUUCAUUCUCCCUCUUCGCGAAUUCUCCCUGCGUCGCCGUUCGCCACUCCAGCAGCCGCAGUUCGCCGUUCCAGCCGCAGUUCGCCGUUCACGCUCCAGCUCCGUCGCCGUCGUUCGCUCGCAUUGAACAACCACCGCCGUCGCCACCAGCCGGAAGACAUGUCAAGAUCCGAGCAGACUUGCUCUGCGGCCGCCUUCCUCAGCGAGAGGUGGCAGCAACUCCGGCAGCAAUCGAUAGAGUCCUUACAGCAGCUCAAAUAGCAUUUUCAACAGAAUUGGUUCAUACUAUCCCGAUCCACACAAAACAAGAGAUCCUGCUCCCUCUCACAGCACAACCUCAUCUUCCACCUCUCUUUACGACAAGAAGAUGCCCCAUAUGCCUUAGCUAUUGGUGCAAAGUACUUGAGGUAUCAGUAGAAAAAGUGAAAUUAAUGUUAUGCCUUCUACUUCUUUGCUACCUCUCCUUAAAGUAGCAUUUCUUCUGUAAAAGAUCAAAGGCCCGCAAUGUUUCUCACUAGUCGACUUUCUGGUCCUUUUUACUGAAAAAUUAAACCCGUUCAAAAAUGACAUUUGUCUGAAUUUUCAUGAUCAUGCUACAUGU